GGUGUGCCGCAGUACGGGGUGGCGAGCUGCGAGAUAGCUGCGAGAUAGCUGGGAGAUAGCUCCUCGCACGGUGGAAAAUCAGCGGCGCGGAGAGGGGCCCGCCUGCGACGAACCGCUGUAACGAGACGUUACAGGGGAGCCACAGAAGUUACAGCCUCGGCCGCCUCUCUGUUCUCCGCCAUUUCCGUUGCCCGAAAUCCUCCUGUGUCCUCUGCUGGUCGAUCACGAGCUUUCGAGACCAGCUGACGGUGUCGGUUCAAGGACAAUCCGACGUUUCCCCGGCUCCUCGGGGACGGUCCGAACGUUGCACAUUCGAGCAUCGUGGUUGCGUGUGCCCGUGAUGCGUGCGGAUCCACGGAGUGCAAGCUGUGCGAUGUCAAGGUUAAUGCGGUAACGCGUGUCGAUACGUUUCUUCGCCGGCUUGUCAUUAUUCGACAGUAUUGGUUGGUUCGUUCGGCGGGUUGGAACACUGGAACACGUCCAGGGAUCAGCGGAGCUGUCGCCGGAAGCGGAUCAGCUGAUUUCAGCGUCGACGUGGACUGGCCAGUCGGUGGACAGUUUGAUGAAUGACCUGUUCGGUGACGGUCGAUCCGUGAGUGCUCUCGUUCGUGGGAGGAAGUUCGCGGAUCCCGAGGAGGGCUCGCGUUGUUCGGUCACGCCGGAGGAUGCAGGAUUCCCCGUCGAAGCGGAGGCGAGCGAGGACGACGAUAUAGACGACGAUGUUCCAGCGUUGUUAUUAUCAUUGACGUCGACGAUCCGUUCAUUGUUGUUCACACGAGAGUCCGUCCGUCUUCUAUGUCGGCCGAGGUGCUCGCUCGGCUGCCAUCGGCCAGGCAUUUGACAUUUCCCAGCCUGCACGCCGAGAGGCUUUUCGUCGCGGGAUCGCGGUCUAGCAUCGGGAACAACCUUGGGACACGCUCGGCACUUUGCGUUGCCGCCGCGAGCGAAACUGGCAGAUCGAAUCGCGGCGAAUUCGCCGGCAUCGACCGCCUCGAAGCCUGUCGCGAUGUUCGCGACGCUGCGUUCGCACGAGCACCCACGGAACUGUUUUUUCGACGAUCGUAACCUUCGACGUUGACCUCUCCGCCGUGUGUCACGUGCGACGAAAUCCGGGCCGCCCGAACGAACGGCUCUGGUCCCGCCGUGACGGUCGUGAUUUAUUGCCAGCCGGAUCGCCGCUCGUUAAGGCCCGCGACGAUUAAUCACGGCUCGCUGGGUCCGCUUUUGUUUAUCGGCUCGCGACACUCGCCGCGGAUGAUCCCGCGCGACGCGACAACGGAGCCUUGGGAGAAUCGCGCGGCGCAGCGACCCGGGAGAAAAAUCAUGUACCCGGAGAAGAAAUUAACGAUCGUCGCCACGAUCCUCGUUGUUCGCCGCAAUUAGCGCGAACGAGGGGGGACCACCCGCGUUCCCCGAACGCGAUGAACACCGCGCCGUGAAAUAGAGCAGUCGUUCGCGCGCGAUCCUGUUGCGGCUGUUACGCUCCCCGGGAACGUUACGUUGCUCGAUCGAAUCGCCGCGGGAGCGAGUAUUUUUUCAAGUUGAAUUUUUGAUAUAUAUUCGUCAACGUAGCGGGUAGAACGCGAAGCAGAAGAGCGAACGGUCGGUGAUCGAUCGCCGAUCGGAACGCUGUCGAAAACCGUCGCCGCUUGUUCGUUGAGAAUCGUUUCAUUGUUGCCGAUAUACACACACCACGGAAAUGUUAACUCGUGCGUAAUUUUUGAACAGUCCACUUUUAGAUUAUCUUUGAUAUCAUCGUAGCCGAGAGUAAACAAAAGAACUUACGCUAGAAGCGUUUUCGCAUUUGCCCGCGCGCAUAUCAGUUCCGUAGCUUUUCGGAGCGUGUGUCGCGUUCGUCGAAUCGCACGAACGCGACCGCCGUUCCGGAGUUCCCGCACGUUCGAAUCGACGCGGAAGAGAGCAAUUUCGAGGCUCGGAGACGGUAUCCGCUGAUUCUCACGGUGCAUCGGCAACGCGGGCUCGGAAUUCGGCGGCUAUUGAUUCAGCGCGCUGCAUCGUCUUUCUUUGAUCGCUGAUUAAAUACGGCAUUAUUGCGCAACGCGAUACAAGCAACGCAGCGGAAGCACGUCGGGCCGUUACUCUUGCGAGACGCGAGCUCGUUAAUCGCUCGGAGCACCCCGAUAAAUCGACGCAUCGAACCGCUCGACGGUUCUUCGAGUUCACGGCGGGCCACGAUUUUACGAGACAACGUCGUCGGCUCGCCCAUUGAACUUGCCUCGAGAAGCGUGAGGCUAUUUAAGACGGCUAAAACCGAUGUCUCAGCUGAUACAUCGAUUAGAAAAUUCAUCAGCCUCCGGGGGCAAGAGCAAGCACGCUUUGAGACGACGCCGAUCAGCGACAGAAAGAAGAAGUAGGAGACCAGCCGGUCGCAGUUUCCACGCCGGUCGCGUAUUUUCGGGCACGAUGGAGCGGAACGGUGCCGCGCGUUAUCGGCACGAUCGCCUCGGAACGGUCAGCGAGCCGUUCGCGUACGACGACUGGACGCACCGUGUUCCCGCGAGGUAAUUCGCGAUGUGACAGGAUCGAGGAUCGACGACCGCGAUUCGUGUUCGUGGGGGCGACGCGGACUGACUCGUUUCGGGACUGAACGCGAUCCGGGAUCGGAAACGAAGGCAAAGUGAAGUUUCCACCGAGAAAGAAAGACCACCGGGCGAACGAGUCGGCGUUCCGUCAGCUGUUCGCCCUGUUCCAUCAGCGGAAGCCUCGGGAUCCCUUGCAAGGGCAGAACGCUGCCUCGGCGGUACCCUUGCUCGACAUGGGCGCCAGAGCUUGGGAUUACGAGGCACUGCCGGAGCUACACACUUCGACGGCCGUCACGCCGACCUCCACGCCUCCAAAUGCCCAGCAGAAGGUCCACUCGCCGAGGGUCUACUUCCAGGCGGAGAAUAUCGCCUCCACCAGGAGACGGAGCAGCUCCAGGCUACUGGCACCGCAGUCCUCCUGCAGGAGGCGCAGCAGAAGCAUGAGCGCGUGGAGCGACCUGUCCAGGUCGUCUUUCAAGCUGGACGAAAGAGUUCGAGUCGAAUACUACGUCAAUGAAAACACGUUCAAGGAAAGGCUUCAACUGUAUUUCAUCAAGAACCAACGUUCCAGUUUGAGGAUACGAUUGGCAAAUCUGUUUUUUAAACUCCUAACAUGCUUCUUAUACAUAUUCAGAGUCAUCACCGACAGCGAUCCAACGUAUGCAGCAUGUUACGGCUGCACGCCCGGCAACAAAACCGAGUUCCUCGUGUCUCAGAACCUCACCGAGGAGGAAUUUCAAGACCAUCCGACCAUCAACUGGGACGCGAUUUUAUGGGUGAGAAGGCCCCUGGAAUUGUGGGUCGUCCAAGUGAUCCUGGCAAUAGUAUCACUUACGGAAGCCUUGCUGCUCGCCUAUUUAGGUUACAAGGGAAACGUCUGGCAGCAGUUACUCUCGUUCCACUUCAUCUUGGAGCUGGUCAACACUAUACCAUUUACCAUCACGCUACUUUAUCCACCGAUGCGAAAUCUCUUCAUCCCUGUGUUCCUGAACUGCUGGUUGGCAAAGCAUUCUUUGGAGAAUAUGUUCAAUGAUCUACACAGGGCCAUGCAGAAAUCCCAGUCAGCUUUAAGUCAACAACUGAUGAUCCUUACUGCUACAUUACUGUGCCUUGUCUUUACUAGCGUAUGCGGGAUCCAACACUUCCAGAGGGCGGGGCACAGGCAUUUGAACCUGUUUCAAAGCACCUACUACGUCGUGGUCACGUUCUCUACGGUCGGCUACGGGGACUUCGUGCCUGACAUCUGGCCUUCGCAGCUCUACAUGGUCAUCAUGAUCUGCGUCGCUCUCAUCGUUCUACCGACACAGUUCGAGCAGCUCGCGUUCACGUGGAUGGAAAGGCAGAAGCUAGGCGGCUCGUACUCUUCGCACCGCGCGCAAAGCGAGAAACACGUGGUAGUUUGUAGCACAACACUGCAAGCGGACACAAUUAUGGAUUUUUUGAACGAAUUUUACGCCCACCCAUUGCUGCAGGAUUACUACGUGGUAUUACUAUCGCCGAUGGAACUGGAUACCACAAUGCGAAUGAUUUUACAGGUGCCUAUCUGGGCACAAAGGGUCAUUUAUAUUCAAGGCUCGUGUCUCAAAGACAACGAUUUAACCAGGGCCAGGAUGAACGAGGCGGAAGCGUGCUUCGUUCUUGCAGCGAGAAAUUAUGCGGACAAGACCGCCGCCGAUGAACAUACGAUUCUCAGGUCGUGGGCAGUGAAGGACUUUGCACCAAAUGUUCCUCAAUACGUUCAAAUCUUCCGUCCGGAAAACAAGCUUCACGUGAAGUUCGCUGAGCACGUUGUGUGCGAAGACGAAUUCAAAUAUGCUCUGUUAGCGAACAACUGUACGUGUCCCGGCGCGUCGACCCUGGUCACCCUUCUGCUGCACACCUCCAGAGGACAAGAGGGACAACAGUCGCAGGAGGAGUGGCACAGGCUCUACGGAAAAUGCUCCGGCAACGAGAUUUAUCACAUUAUUCUAGGGGAUUCGCGGUUUUUCGGCGAGUACGAGGGCAAAUCCUUCACUUACGCGUCCUUUCACAGCCAUCGGAAAUACGGAGUAGCAUUGGUCGCCGUCAGGCCGGCGGAACUUCCCGAAUUUUACGAAGAUACGAUCCUCCUGAAUCCCGGUCCGCGGCACAUAAUGAAGAAAACGGACACCUGCUACUACAUGAGCAUCACGAAGGAGGAAAACUCGGCGUUCGUCGUGGCGAACAAUCAGGUGGGUGCCGCGGAGGGCACGCAGGUGGUGAUCGAAACGAAAGGGGACGGCACGGUGAACGCGAACAGCGGUUCGACCGGGAACGCGACCAGCAACAGCAACAACGCGGCGUUGAACUGCGGUACAAGCGCCGGCACCACGACGACGACCACGACGAUCUCGACCAGCUGCACGAUCACCGGCGGUGAUGGGAACGGUACAGCAAACAAACCCGCUGCCAACGAGCACGGUCGCUAUUCCAACAGUUGUAACAAUGCGCUGAACGAAACAGCUUGCAACAGGCAGGAGACGACCUGUACGGGGCCCCGUGGACAGAACGUGCACGGUACACAGGCUCACAGGGCCCCACAGGUUAUUUUGCAGGUCCUCCCUAGCACGCCCACACCACUCGAACACCACAACAUAAUCGCAUCCGAUGUCCACCCAACGUAUCUGGAUCCAGGAGGAUUCGGGGACUCGCGGCAAUGUUUGAAGGACGGCGGAUCAUCGCCGCAAACGCCGAUCACUGGAAAUCACUUGGAUGUGCCGCGUUCUCUCGAUCCAAAUCCCAAUUUACUUAGUCCCGAGAUUCUUACGCAAAGGGGAGGAACCAGAAGGCCGAGCAUCCUGCCUGUGCCGGACAUGUUAACGAGCUCGACGUUGCAUCUUCCUGGCCAGGAAUCGCUGGACCACGAGGGCGACGAGUCCGAGGAUGAAAUGGACGACGACGUUCCGUGGAGGUCGCCGAGCGAGAAGAUCGCUUUCAAAGGAAUCGUCAAAGGAUUUCCACCUGUUUCACCAUUCAUUGGUGUUUCACCGACAUUGUGUUACCUACUGAAAGAAAAGAAACCUUUGUGUUGUCUUCAGUUGGCGCAGGUUUGUCAGCACUGUAGUUACAGAAACGCGAAAGACUACAAUUGGCAGAACAAGACCAUCAUACUGGCUGCUGAUUACGCCAGCAAUGGGAUCUACAACUUCAUAAUUCCUCUACGAGCACAUUUCAGGUCGAAAACAUCCUUAAAUCCUAUCAUUCUGCUGCUGGAACGGAAACCAAAAAUCGCGUUCCUCGACGCGGUGUCCUAUUUUCCUCUGGUAUACUGGAUGCGAGGAUCCAUCGACUGUUUGGACGAUCUUCUUCGUGCCGGCAUUACUCUUGCAGAAAACGUCGUCGUCGUGAACAAGGAGCUCAGCAACUCCGCGGAAGAAGAUACUUUGGCCGACUGUAACACGAUCGUCGCGGUGCAAACGAUGUUUAAAUUCUUUCCAAGCAUAAAGAGCAUAACGGAGCUGUCGCAAUCGAGCAACAUGCGAUUCAUGCAGUUUAGGGCACACGACAAGUAUGCUCUUCACCUUAGCAAAAUGGAAAAGAGAGAAAAGGAGAGGGGUUCUCACAUAUCGUACAUGUUUCGACUACCGUUCGCAGCUGGCAGCGUUUUCAGCGCAUCCAUGCUGGACACACUUUUGUACCAAGCAUUCGUGAAGGAUUAUAUGAUAACAUUCGUGAGAUUGCUGCUCGGUGUUGAUCAAGCACCCGGAUCAGGAUUUCUAACAUCGAUGAAAAUAACGAAGGACGACAUGUGGAUCAGAACGUACGGCAGAUUGUAUCAGAAACUUUGUUCGACAACUUGCGAAAUCCCGAUCGGAAUUUACAGGACCCAAGACACCACCGUGUCGGACACGUCCCACGGCGACUCAGACGCGGAGAGCGACGCCGGCGUCGGCGUGACGUACAAGGUGCGCCAUUCGGCGGCUGCAUCGUGCCUUGCGAAUUGCGCCACCCGCGACAAGGGUGCUUCAGCCUACUCGGUGAGCCUGGGCGACGAGGCGCGGGACAAUCACGCGCAGCAGAUCGAGAGGGCGGAGAUCGCGAACCUGGUCCGCUCGCGGAUGGAGUCGCUGAACCUGCCGAUAGCCGACUACGACGACGUCUCCGAGAAGCGGAACAGCCUCUCCUACGUGAUCAUCAAUCCGAGCUGCGACCUGAAGCUCGAGGAGGGCGACAUCGUGUAUCUGGUCCGGCCUAGCCCGUUCUCGGCCCAGAAGACGUUCGAGCGGCACAACUCGCGCCGCAAGAGCAACAUCAGCUUCUACUCGGCGCAGCUGGUCUCGCAGAUGAGCGCCGCGGUGGCGUCGGCCGGUCUGCCCGGAGCCGGCCCGGGCAGCAGACGUGGCUCGGGGAUCGGGCUGCCGAGGACGUCGCCGUUGACCACCGCGAAAUCGAACUCGCUCUCGCUGCCGGACAGCCCGACGGUGGCCGGCACGCUGCGCGGCCGCUCGAACUCGCUCAGGGUGUUCGACGACAUCCUGCUGAGGCGCAGCAACUCGCUGCGGCAGGGCCAGACGACCCGACGGAAAAGCAGCCUGGAGUCGUUGCAGUCGAAUCCCAAUCACAAUCCCAUCAAGAUCGCGCUGAACGAUUCGAUCGGCCUCGAAGUGACGCCGCCGGAGGAGGGCUCGCAGAUCGGCGGCGCCAGCAACACCGGCAUCCUGGACGUCGGUCUGCCGUCGAUGCCGGAGCUGACCGCCGCCCUCGGCACCAACCACGGCGCGAACUUAGGCGGCUCUCUGAGCGGCCUCCCCAUACAAGGGACAAUAGUAUGAUAUCAUCUUAUGUGGGGACGCAGGCUCUCCGGCGUGGCACGAAACAAGUGGCUGUAGCGUUCCCACAUUACGCCUCACGAUCGCUCGACCGGAUCUCGCGGCCGGUCGUGAAUAUCCUCACCAGCAUCCUGGCAAUCGACCAAAAUCGGUGGGACUGAACGGCGAACGUCACGAACCGCGGGACACGGCCGGAGAGCAAGGUGUUUCGGUUCACACGCUUCGGUAGCAAUGGAGAACGCGCGGCCUGUUUUCGCCCGGCACGGCGACACCGGCGGGCGCGGACUCUUUCUUUUUCUACCUCUGUUCAUUGCGUAGCUUCGGUUUAGCCAACAACGGACAUCGCGGUAUGAUUCGCGCGAACACACGGGGACCUAAACGCGGCGUCGUGGAGCCGCCACUGUGAUACGCGGGCACGCUGAAUUUAGUUCGCAGGCUCAACAGGGUUGGCGAUGGUGGCUAUUUCUCUGUGCUGUCCUUUCAUACUUUCAUCCGUGUUGGGAGAAACGCUUGUGGAAACUGUGUCGAUGAAUUUUGAACGAGGGUUAGGGAGAAUUGUUGUUCGUUGAGGGAUUUUUUUGGUCGUCGAGAAGCAUUUGCGCGGGCUGCUGAGUUUCUGGAGUUGGUACGAUGAGGGAGAUGAUUGCAGUAAUUUUGUCCCGGAUGUGUUCGGAGGUCGGAAUUGGAAGCGAUUGUUGCUGCGAUCGAUGCGAAGUUUCUUAAUUUGAAAUUCAGGGAUGAAUUGGUAGUACGAUUAAUUCUUAAUAUAUUGUUCGAAAAUCAUCCCUGUUCGAAAUUGAUUAGAAUUGAAGUUUUUGUUUGAGAUCUGAUGAAACGUGGAAGGAUGAAAGGAUAUCACAGUGAGAAUAACACGAAGUUCUUUGUCGGUUUCGGUGCGCAUCGGAUUCUUUCAAUUCUAGUGCAUCGCGCAAAUGAUUAAUAUUUUUAUGUUAUGUA